AUGUCAUCCCACGACCUACAAGCUUUGUUUGCCAACUUGAUGGUGAAGCCUCGCGACUCCCCGGCCCCAUCCCAUACGCCACUCCAACCCACCUCUGCAGGUCAAACUUCUCCCUUCACUGGCGCCUCUCCGUUGCCCUCGAGCCCUCCUCCUCCUGCCACUUCUGUUGCGAACCGCAACUCCUACAACCAAAUGGCUCAGCCAGUCGCAGCUGCCCCCUCUGCCACUGCGCAGUCGUUGCUGAACCUGCUUAACUUCGGACCUUCGACCUCUACACCCCAGAACCCAAACUCAAGACCUCUUUCUUCUGCCGGCAAUGGUGCUACUGUCCCGGAAGAGAAGAGUGACAAGCCGGCACUAAACGUUACUGGACAAGGACCUUCGACUUCAGCUUCGGAUCUCCUAGCGAAGUUGAUGUCACCUUCCCCUGCACAAGACGGAUCAACAGCCCAAUCUCCCCCGAACCUGGAAGAUCAAGGCGGCGGUGGUGGCGGCGAUCAAGCACAUUCUACAACUGGUCGCGAUGCGUCACAAGAUGCGCUCCUCAAGCUCCUCAGCAGAACCACGCUGGGCAAUUCCAUCAGCACGCGCCAAAAUCUCGUUGAGAAACCGCAGACCCCAUUAUCAGAUGUCAACUCCGACGCGAAAUCAGGUGAGGCAAAGCCGACCAAGACAGAGUCACCAGCCCCUUUGUUCGGUCCCAAUUCCACAGCCGAGGUGCCCUCAUUCGGAGCUGCUGGUACGGAUACCAAGCCGACAGCUCAGAAUCAACCUAUCUUCAUCUACACGAACCCUUUCGAAGCUUUGCAAGCGUCCUUGAGUGCCUCUCGGGCACAGACUCCUAAAGAAGGAACAGCGGCUUCCAAGUCUGCCAAUGUUGACGUUCUUCAAUCAAAUGUCGAGUCUGGUAAUGAUCUCCCGGAAGACACGAAUUCACGCGUGGCGACAGGGGACCCUGCUGCCAAGAGGAAAAUACUCACUCCCAGAUUACCGUCGGCAUCCAAGAAUGUUAUAUUGUCGCCCGAAGAUUCAGUCACUGCAGCAAAUCAAGAGGCCGAAAAAGAAGACGCAGCGCCGGUGGAAGAGAUUGUAGCCUCCGCUCCAGCGGAGACGAAGUCAACAGUCGAAACAAAACAGGUGAUACAUCAGGAGCCUGGCAAGGGUGCAAAACAAGACGAAGGCUCUGGUGUGGAGAAGAUCGACCAGCUGGCCGACGGCGGUGAUGAAUGGGAAGAUACGGAAGAGUCGCCGAAUAAGGAGUCCUCUAGGACUGUACCUGUUUACAACUUUCCCAUCAAGCCGUUUGUUACGAUAACCUUGCAGUUGGGCAAACCUUCGAGCGUCGGCAUUAGAGAUGACGGGGUGAUGGAGAUAUCAAGACUGAAGAAGGAAUUUGAUCAACUGGACCGUUCUUUGGCAGCUGCGACAUCAAAAUACAUCGCCUAUGCCUUGGUCAAGAACGGUGGCAUGCGCAUCAUUAGACAAGACGACGGUAGUGAUCGACAAGUCUUCAAGAAUUCUCAUGACCGGAUAUUCAAUGUUUCACUAUGCACCACCUCUGCUGCUGGCGAGCCAUCGGACGAUCAGGCGCUUCUUGGGACCGGGGUUAGCGGUACCGUGUAUUAUGCAACGAUCAACAAGGACGGAAAUGAUUUGUUCGAGAAAAAUGCGCUUGAGACUGAAAGCCUUAUUUUCCCACCAUAUCCCCCGGCUGACGAGAAUGCGGCUGGUGGUGUCCUCAAAACCCGGGCAAAGAGAAGCUCUCGCCACCCUGAAUUCUUCGCAAUUGGACGCGGCAAGGCAAUCCAUCUCGUCUGGCCGGAAACUGCGCUCUCUCCGCGAUACGGCAUCAGUGAGCACAAUCGACGUGUCGACGUCGAAAAAUUCUUUCAAGAACGAUCGCUUCAGAUCUCGACGGGGAAAGCAGGGAAAGACUUCAUCUUCAGCGAAGAUGACACUUUGAUCGUCUCUUUGGACAAGACCGGAAGAUUACGAUUCUGGGACAUCCGUAAGCUGAUUGACGAGUCAAAUGCCACUUCAACCCGGCUUGCCAGUAUGACUGUCGAUCUCCCAAUCUUGUCUCUUUCCACCGCAUCCCCCGCAGAGAAGUCAUGGCCGACGUCGGUCCUCUUUGUGGACAAGGCUCGUCCAUAUGUCAGAGGAGGAGCGCUCCGAUACGUUCUUGUCGGGUUGAGGCAGAAUCACACUCUUCAACUCUGGGAUAUUGCCCUUGGCAAAGCCGUUCAGGAGAUCAAUUUCCCUCACGAAAAUGAGACUGACGGCAUCUGCAGCGUGUGCUAUCAUCCAAAUAGUGGAAUUAUUGUUGUCGGCCAUCCGACCAGAAAUUCGCUCUUUUUCAUCCACCUCUCUGCGCCACGUUAUACGAUUAGCACUUCUCUGUCCCAGGCUGCAUUCGUGCAACACAUUGCUGCGAAGGAUCCGGAAUUGCCGAAGCCUGAUUCUACAGCCUGCAUGAGUGGCAUCCGUGAAAUGUCGUUUGCAGAGAAGGGUCAGCUUCGGAGCGUUGAGCUCCUUCCAAUCUAUCGAACUGCGGAAGAGCAGAGGACUCUGGACGAGAAGACGCCGCUGUUCGAGCUCUACGUUGUGCAUUCCAAAGGUGUUACGUGCCUCAACAUUACAAAGGAGGACAUUGGCUGGGAUGCAAACAACAAGGUGGUUCAUGGGAUCGAUGCUGCCAAGGAAGGUUACGUGAGCUUGAAAGAGCUGCGCCUUGGGAGUGUGAUCGAAGAGGGAACCCAAGACAAGAGUCCGGCCGAAGAAGCACCAGCAACUAAGAGCUCGAAGAAGAAGCAAGGGAAGAAAACUUCUACCGAACGUGUGGAGACUGUGCAACCUGAAGACUUGGAUCCGGGGAAACAAGGGCUUGCGCAGCCUCUCAGCAACGGCGCCGAACCGCUCGCAGAGGCCACCAAUGUUGAAACUCCUUUAGUAAAGGAAAGCAAGAAGAGCAAGAAGAAAUCUGCUCCAUCAAACGAAUCACGGCUGUCUGAAAAGGCCGCGCUCGCCGACUCAACUGCCAAAACAACCUCGGCGGCCAUGGCCGCUCCGGCACUUACAGAUGUGGCACCCGUUCAGGAGCAAGCUGCUGCACAAGCUGCUGCUAUCCCAUCUGAUUCAACCGCUGAAGUAUCGGCGAAGCCUGAAGCGGUGACCGUUGGGAUCUCGGGUGGUUGGCUGGACAAGGAACUGAAGAAAGUGGAGAAAGCGGUAUCCACUGAGUUCCGCAAAGAGCUGGACUCCCUCUAUCAGAAUAUCCAGAAUGAUAGAAACGUCCAAGACUCUGCUGCCAUUGCCCGUCAAGAAGCUCUGCUUCGUUUGGUGUCAACCACCCUGAGCACCAACGUCGAAAAAUCACUUUCUCGUAUUCUUUCGGCUCAAAUGCAACAAUCGAUAGUUCCAGCACUUACAGGGGCCACAGUGCAAGCUGUAGGCAGCCAAGUGGGAGAAGCUGUGGCGAAAUCCCUCCAUUCUCUCGUGCCCCAUGAAUUAGGCGCGCAACUGCCUGUUGUUCUCAAUGCAGCUCUGCAAAGUCCGCAAAUGAAUCGAAUGAUUUCAGACACGGUCUCGCAAAAGAUUUCAAAACAGAUCGAAACUCAGCUGAACGAUCUCAUGCAGAAACAUGUGGUGCCGACAUUCAAGACCCUAGCAGUUUCAGCAGCUGAAAAGGCCGCAUCUGAGGUUGAAGUCCGCCUGCGGAAUGAGAUCCGUCAACUGGAGAAUGACCGACGAAACGACCUGACGAGGCUGGAAAAGUUGGGCCAAGUCCUGCAAGCCACAGCCGAGGCGUUGCAGCAAAUGUCCGACACUCAAGUGGCCUUCCAAGGUCAAAUCCUGAAGGAUCGUCGACAGCUCGCACUUCUCGGAGAAACCGGCUCAUCCCCAGUGUCUCGUCAGGUAUCAACAGCUCGUAUGACGCCAUCGCCACGCGCCCUUCCCCGACCAGUAGCUCAGCGACAGAAGACCAAGGAGGAGCUGGAGUUGGAAGAGAUCAGCCACUUGAUGAGUGAGGGGCGGUACGAGGAAGCUUCAAUCAAAUGGCUUCAGUCGGCUCAACCGGCGGAACUGUUCGACAAACUGUUUAUUCACUUCACUCCCGAGUAUCUCGCAACCGAUGUCUCGCCGCUUAUCGCUUUCUCGAUCGCCGUCACCAUCGGAAAUAGCCUCGAGACAAAUACGGCUCAACGACUCGAAUGGAUUUCUGCCGCCUUCAAUGCGGUCGAUCUUGCUGAUCCCGAAAUCUCCGAUUUAGCGCAACAUGCGCCAGCACUGCUGAGCUCUCUGAUUCAGAAACUCGAGCGACUAUACAUGACGAUCGCGGAGCGUGACCCGACCGAUCCGGCGCUGCAAAUCAUGCCGGUGGUCUCCAGGAAGGCGAAGGAGAUGAGGGCGACAUUGGAGGGCCCAGCUCGGCGUGGUGUUGAAUUUUAG